AUUUAACUUUUGGGCAUGAAAACAGCAAAAAGCUCCACUUCUGUGCAACGAGAGUCUUUAACGAGUUGUUCUGUCGUUGUUUUUCUGCAGAUAGCAGCAGCAGCAGCCAAGGCUUCCUCUCAGGGCGACGACUUGUACCUGGACGACACAGGAUCAGGAGGUUACUACCCCGAAGACGACGAUGACUUCAACUCAGGGUCCGGCUCAGGUGUAGGCGAGGACGUGGUGGAGGAAACGGCGACCAUCAGUCUGGUUUACAUCGAGCCUAACGCCGCUCAGCCCACCCAGGACUCCACCAAAGAUUUCACCCCCAGGAUGGACACAGCGACGGUCCGGGAAAAGACCCGAGACAGCACGAACAGGAAACCCUUCAGAACAGAGGCUCCAGUUCCAGUCACAGAGGACAUGCAGAGGAACCAGAUGACCAGUACGACCAGCGCUCCCGGUUCACCUCAGGAGCCCAUCGAGGUUCGCACUGAAAACCUCUUCCAGAGGACGGAGGUGUUAGCAGCUGUUAUCGCGGGCGGCGUCAUCGGCUUCCUGUUCGCCAUCUUCCUCAUCCUCCUCCUGGUCUACCGCAUGAGGAAGAAGGACGAGGGCAGCUACGACCUCGGAGAGAGGAAACCCUCCGGAGCGGCCUAUCAGAAGGCCCCGACCAAGGAGUUUUAUGCAUAAAGUCCCGCCCACCCGUCACCUGAUCGACUGAACCUCGAGCGGCCAUCGGAGCUGCGACCGGCGUCGUCGGCAACGAACCCGUUCAAACACGACAAACAGCAAAACGAGUUGAUUAAAGGUAAAACAGCUUCAAGGAAAAGCUUUUGCAUAGAGUAUUGUAAUUUUUCUUUCUUCUUUUUUUUUAAAAUGAAAACCUCUCAUUUUAUGGCAAAUCUGAGUAUAUUUAAACAUUUUGUGUAUUAUUUGAAAAAAUAAAAACCCCAAAUCUGUAAAGGCGAAGAAACCCCGUUUUUAGCCGCUGACUACUUUUAACUGUAGCAGUCUGUUCUUUGUAAAGAAAAAAAAUUUACAGUGGAAAUAAUUGAAUAUAAUUAUUCUGUAUCGAACCUACUUUCAUUUUUGUUUUCUUUUUAUUUUGUCCUAGCAUGUCUGAUGUUGAUCUCUAAAGGUGUAUUACAUUAAUUUAUCUUUUCUCUGAUGUUAAAAAAAAUGCCUUUGUAGUUUUGAUGAAGCUCUCCGGUCUUCACAUUAACGCUGUUAACGGUCAAAUGUAAAUGUUCCUUCAGGUUACAAUGUUUAUUAUUUGCUCUGGCAUCAGUUUAUUUUCUGUCUUUGUUCUCUUCUCGUGUAGCCUUUUCUUCUUCUUCUGCUUCUCGUUUUAUUUUCAGGUCUUGAAAAGAUUUUAAAGAAAACGUGUCAGGGCUCGAGGAAAAAAAAAGACAAAUCUGGCUUCUGUUUUGUGUCGUUUCUUUUCUAUUUAAAUUCACAUUUGCACAUCUGUUCACUGCUUUCUGCCGUUCGUGGAGUGUUUUCAUCUCCUGCAGACUUUCCCCCUCGCUUCCACCUCGUUUCUAAUCCGAUCGGAUCGUGGCCGGUUGAGCUGCUGAUCCCGGUUCGUCUCCUUUCAGAGCUGCUUGGAGUCGAUGUGUCGAUGCUUUUAGGCCCAAAGGUCCCAGCAUGCAGAGCACAAACCGAUAAAUGAUCCCGCACAGAAACCUCCAGUGUUACGGUACGUGUCCACAGAGGUGUUUUUUUCAUGUAUGGAAACGCGCCACAUCUGAAUAUCGUCUGCUUUAGCUUCAUUCCGGUAAAAGUGUUGGAUCAACAUGGCAGCUCAAACUUUCUCUUUUGUUAUGAAAACAGUUCAGCAAAAAGCAUCUCGAAAGUAUUUCAGGCGAGAAAUAAGCUGCUGAAUCUGUCCUCGUUUUAGCUCAACAACAGCCAGUUUAGACGUUUUACGAAAGUUUCGCGAUGCGUCGGACCUCCGCUCAUCGCAGAUGAGCUGCCAUUUCUGAACAUUAGAAUUAGUGAUUUGAACCUCAAACAUCAAAUUCACAUGGAGGAGGGUCGACAGCUACCAUCCAGAGACUAAGCAGUACAAGAACCACAACUUCCGAGAUUGAAGAUGGUUUUGUUUCACGUUUACCUGCUUGUGCACCAGAAAUUCGUCCUUCAGAAUUGGACUGUCAACAGAGAGUUUUACUGUAACAGCAGGGUCAAAGUUAGUUCAUCAAAAAAAGUAUUUCUGACAGCAUUUGAGGCGAGAAACAAGCUGCCGAAUCUUCCCUCAUUUCAGUUCGACGGGCAGUUUAGACGUUUGAUGAAAGUUUCGCAAUUCGUCAGACUUUCGCUCCCCACACCUCAUUUGCAUAAAGUAGAAAUCAAACUACUUUAUGCAAAUGAGCUGCGGAUAACUCUGCCAGCAUGCGGAUGCAGUGCAUUUCACGUAGAUGAUGAAUGGGAUGUGAGAAACGGACAGAUCCUGUGGACACGUAUCUUUACACCAGAGCGAUGCGACACAACGUAGCUGGAAACGCCCAGCAUGCAUUCACAUAACCAGUGAACGGGAUGUGAUUGGUUGGCAGACCGUGUGGAUGCGUACGUUAGAUCUGAACAUCUACAAAACGCUAUUUGGGAUCAUUUCUAAAGACUUGAGGCUGUUUGUUGGGUUUAAAACCAACCAGGAGGUUUGUUUUGGUGCAUUUCUGCGUUAAAACGCCACAAAACAAAACAGCUGCAGCGAGUUUCUGCUUCCUGGGUUUUAAAUCGACUUGCUCUGAAGUCGGUGCAGCAGCUUUUUUCCUUCCUAAACUCCCUCUGCAGCUUCGCCCUCCGUCUGUCUGCUCCUCCUGUCCUUCCUCCUCCUCCUCCUCGUCGCUGUCGUCCUCUCUUGGACCGAAGGUACUGAACUAAACUGAGAAACCCAAAGACUCACAGUAUUUCUACUCCCUCUCCAUCCUCUCCAUCGUGGCCACAUCAUGUUGUUUCCUCCUCUUCUCUCUCUCUCUUCACUCUUUUAGUUCCCUUUGAGUCCGACUUGCUUAUUAGUAUAUGAAAAGAUAUAUAAAUAUAUAUAAAUGUAUAUUCACAAAUGUUUUAAACCUUCAAAGUGCCUACCAUUGGGAGCCGUUGUGCAGGUGUAGACUGGCAUUCUGUGAGCGUGGAUGACUGUAAUGGUAACUUUUUUUUAGUCUUACAAAGCUGACAGUAUUGUACCUAUAAGUUGAAACAACACUACUGAAUAAACAUUGUGGCCUAAUA